UAAAUGUGGAAGUAAAAUGUGCAUAACCUCCUGAUUUGUUUAAUUAUCUUCCUUUAUUAUACGUAUAUUUCGCUUGGUAAAUGUUUAGCUUUUAUAGCAUUAACUCAUUAACCGAUGUGUUUCAUAUUGGAAGGACUUAACUACGGUCUUAAGACGCAAGAACAGAAAACAGGCAAAUGAAAUAAUCAGAAUUAUUUCUUCAUUGGGAAAGUAACGCCAAAAGAAAUCUAACAAUUGGCAGAAAGAUUCUCAGAAAUAUUACCGAUACAUAAACGGAAAUAUGGCAGAGGCAGGUAGUCGAUCUCGAGCAGAAAGACAGGGUAGCACAGUUGAUGAAAUAUUCAAAUGUUCGAUUUGCCAACAUGAAAUGGAAGAUUCGUCAAUGACUCUUUGUGGACAUCGAUAUUGUACUAAAUGCAUCAAGGAGUGGAUGAAGCGGAAACAGAAUUGUCCGCAAUGUAGACAACCAGUUACUCUAAGUUUCCUUAUCGAGGACAAAUCAUUUAAGGAAAUUAAAAGGAAGUAUAAAGAGGUACAAGAACAAUCAGAAAACAAUCAACGAGGACAAGGUUAUGGAAUGUCUGUUGAAGAGUUGGGCAACAUUUUACAGAGUGUUAUGCCACAGCGAGAUCAAGACAUGAGAAAUCUAACUGACAACCUCAUCUCCAUGAAAGAUCAAGAAAUAAGUCGACUUGAACAAAAUAAACGUGAACAGACUGCCACUAUUAGCCGAUUAAACAACGAAAUUGAACGUGUAAAAGGUCAAUUAGGUGACGAACUUCCCACUUUGACUGAAAGAUCAACUCAUCUACAAAAUAAAGUGGACACACUUACGGAACAAAACCGACAAUUUCAAGAAAAAAUCAGAACCCUUGAGGCCAGUUUGACGUCAUUAAAAAUAGGUUCAUCACAAGCACAGCAACACAGGAAAAUUUUAGAAGAGCUGCUUAAGGCUAAAACAAAAGAAAUGCUUACAGUUAAGGCUCAAUUUGAUGGAGUUAACAAAGAAAACUUACACCUGAAGUUGCAACUUCAAAGUACAAAAGAUGAUUUGAAAUCACAAAAGGAACAGUUAGAGAAGAGUGAAACUACCACAACACAAUUAAAAGAGCUUCUAGAUAAAAUGUUUCAGCAGAAACAAUUAUCGGAUGACGAAAUUGAACGUCUAAAAGGUCAAUUAGGUGACGAUCUUCCCACUUUGACUGAAAGAUCAACUCAUCUACAAAAUAAAGUGGAUACACUUACAGAACAAAAUCGACAAUUUCAAGAUAAAAACAGAACACUUGAGGCCAGUUUGGCAUCAUUAGAAGAAGGUUCAUUACAAGCACAGCAACACAGGAAAAAUUUAGAAGAGCAGCUUAAGGCGAAAACAAAAGAAAUGCUAACAGUAAAGGCUCAAUUUGAUGGUGUUAACAAAGAAAACUUACACCUGAAGUUGCAACUUCAAAGUACAAAAGAUGAUUUGAAAUCACAAAAGGAACAGUUAGAGAAGAGCGAAACUACCACAACACAAUUAAAAGAGCUUCUAGAUCAAAUGUUUCAGCAGAAACAAUUAUCGGAUGCUGAACUAGAUGCAUCACGACAAAUGUGUCUGCAGCUGGCUCAGCAGGUCAAGGAACUACAUAUGUACGAGGUGAUGUAUUCUAAAGCUUCCCAACAACUAGAUUAUCUUAACAAUACUGUGGUGCCACAGAAGGAUUCUGCUAUAGACCAAUUGCAACAAAAAAUAACAGAUCUGAUCAAUGAGGUGGCGGAUUUACAAAGAAACAAUAUUCCACAAGCAGAGCAUGUGGAAAUUCUUCAGACAAGACUAGCAGAGACGAGACAAGAACUUAAACAGUAUUAUGAGGACAAAUAUGGAACCAAAAUGGCUAGCUUAGAGAGGAGGAAUGAAGCUAUGAAAAAACAUGUGACUGAAAUGGAAACUGAACUGAAAAAUCGAGAGGAUGUUGGAGCUGAACUAGAUGCAUCACGACAAAGGUGUCUGCAGCUGGCUCAGCAGGUCAAGGAACUACAUAUGUACGAGGUGAUGUAUUCUAAAGCUUCCCAACAACUAGAUUAUCUUAACAAUACUGUGGUGCCACAGAAGGAUUCUGCUAUAGACCAAUUGCAACAAAAAAUAACAGAUCUGAUCAAUGAGGUGGCGGAUUUACAAAGAAACAAUAUUCCACAAGCAGAGCAUGUGGAAAUUCUUCAGACAAGACUAGCAGAGACGAGACAAGAACUUAAACAGUAUUAUGAGGACGAAUAUGGAACCAAAAUGGCUAGCUUAGAGAGGAGGAAUGAAGCUAUGAAAAAACAUGUGACUGAAAUGGAAACUGAACUGAAAAAUCGAGAGGAUGUUGGAGAUGAAUUGAAGGCAGCAACGAGGACAUACAAGGGUUUGAUAAAAGAAAAUUGUGACCUAAAAGAUAAAGUGAAAACAUUAGAGAAACAGAACAAGCAUGUUGCUCAUUACAAAGAGAGAGCAAACAAGCUUGAAAGACAAAUCAGCUUUCUAAGGAAUAGAAUUGAGGAGUGAUGUUGAUGUAGCAUUGACGACUAAUGUAAUUACAUCAUUAAAAAAAUACAUAUAGCUGGAAAUACCGCGUGCUAUUAUUUUGUCAACGUACGAUACAACGACGUCUAAUUUGGCAAUGUUCAGUUUGAACGACAUUUUCAAAUCAACAAUGUCUACUUUGGAAAAGAACAAUUACAUUAUGUACAAUUUUGCAACGAACAAUUUCACUAUUUAUAAUUUGGCCAUUAAGAAUUUCACUAGUGAUAAAAUAUGAAUGUAUAAUAUUGUAAUAUAAUGAAACAAUGUAUCAUAUGGAAAUGUUGAUGUCAUCUUAUAUGACAUUAUAUCCAUACUUAGCGUUACAACCGUAAAAUGACUACGUAUAACAUGGCAGUGUAUAAAAUGACGAUAUUUUAGUAGCAUCUAAAUUAUGUCAACGUAUGGCGGUGUAUAAAAUGACAUUAUUUAGUAGCAUCUAAAUUUUGACAACGUAUGGCGGUGUAUAAAAUGACAUAUAUUAGCAGCAUCCAAAUUAUGACAAGGUGUGGCAGUGUAUAAAUGACAAUAUCUUUGUAGCAUUGUAUCUAAAUUUAAUUAUGACACGUAUAAUUUAUUUUCGUAUAUAAUCUUAUUAUAAUGGUGAAAUGUUAAAAUGUAUAAAUAUCUGAAUCAGUUAUUUAUUUCUUGAUUAAAUAUUUUAUGUCGAUGUACGAUGCGACAAUGUAUCAUU